AUGGCCAUUGACUACUCUAAAUGGGACAAGAUUGAGCUAUCAGACGAUUCUGAUGUCGAAGUGCAUCCUAAUGUGGACAAGAAAUCGUUCAUCAAAUGGAAACAGCAGAGUAUUCAUGAACAACGUUUUAAAAGAAACCAGGAUAUUAAAAACUUGGAGACUCAAGUAGACAUGUAUUCUCAUUUGAACAAGAGGGUGGAUAAAAUUUUGAGCACGCUACCAGAGAAAGAUUUGGUUGACUUGUCAGCUGUUACCAAAUUCUUAAAUGCAAAUUUUGAUAAGUCAGAGAAGAAUAAAGGUGAAAAUGUGGACCCUGAGAUUGCAACGUAUAAUGAGAUGGUAGAAGACCUUUUUGAACAACUGUCCAAAGAUUUGGCCAAAGAGGGUAAAGACUCUAGGGACGCUUCUCUUUUAAAAAAUUCUAUUUUAAAACAUAGAGCUAAAAUUGAUUCAGUUACUAUUGAUGCCAAGAAGAAAUUAGAUGAACUAUACAAGGAGAGAAACGCCCACAUUUCAUCUGAUGAUUUCCACACUGGAUUUGAUAGUAGUUUCAUGAACAAGAAAAAGGAAGAGGCUGAGAAAUUAGAGGCAGCAGCUUCUAGCGCUCCCAAAAGUACAUCUGACUCCUCUAUUCUUAACAAAUUAGUCAAAUCAUCGACUCCACAAGCCUUUAUCAAAUUCGAAGAUGAUCCAAUGAAAUUAGCUGAAGAAACUGAAGAGUUUGGUAAGAUCCAUGUUAAUGAAUAUUCUAAAUCUCAGAAAUUUUUGUUAGAACAUUUACCCAUCAUCUCAGAACAGCAAAAGGAUGCCUUGAUGAUGAAAGCGUUUGAGUAUCAGUUGCAUGGUGACGAUAUGAUGACCUUACAAGUCAUUCAUCAAUCCGAGUUAAUGGCUUACAUUAAAGAGAUCUACGACUUGAAAAAAAUUCCAUUCUUAAAUCCAAUAGAACUAUCAAAUGUUAUCAAUAUGUUUUUCGAAAAGGUCAUAUUUAAUAAAGAUAAACCAAUAGGCAAAGAAUCUUUUCUAAAAUCGGUUCAAGAAAAAUUUCUGCACGUUCAGAAACGUUCAAAAAUCCUACAACAAGAGGAGAUGGAUGAAUCAAAUGCUGAAGGAGUAGAGACAAUUCAACUAAAAUCAUUGGAUGACUCUACUGAGUUAGAAGUGAACUUGCCAGAUUUCAAUUCUAAGGAUGCACAAGAAAUGGAAAAGGUUAAAGUUUUCAAAACCUUAUUACCGGAGGAAAUGCAGCAAGCCAUAAUGACCAAAAACUUGGAGAAUAUUAAUAAGGUGUUCGAAGAUAUACCAAUCGAGGAGGCUGAGAAAAUUUUGGAGGUGUUUAACGAUAUUGACCUUAUUGGAAUUAAAGCGAUUUUAGAGAAUGAAAAGGAUUUCCAAAACCUGAAAGAUCAAUACGAACAGGGACACGAAGAUGCCACUGUAGAGAAGCUGACCAUAAAUGAUAGUGACAACCGGGGAGAAGUACAUGAAGAAGUAAACAAUACUGCUGAUACAGUUGAUUAG